UUUGAUUACUCCUAGUAUCGGACCCACAUCUUGAGCAGCGCAGUGUUGUCGAGCCUGGAAAGCGGUCAGGCGUAUGGACAGGCGGCCGUCGCUCCUUCAUCCUUCUCCGACCACCACCCGAGCAGUGGACGGACGACACUGACCAGCUGUUCCAGCGCAAUACGCGGGCCUGUCCCCUCUUCUGGUGCCUCCACUGCAGGGCCUCGUCUUCUUCAGCGUGCGAGGGGAAAGUGGGUGUUUGCUGCUCACUGGUGUUUCGGCCGCGGCGGCGCGAAGUGUCCUCAAUGGCUGGCUGGAAGGACGGCUCGGUGCAGGAGAAGUACCGUCUGGUCGUGGUCGGAGGCGGUGGCGUCGGGAAAUCAGCCUUGACUAUCCAGUUUAUUCAGUCAUACUUUGUCACCGACUAUGAUCCUACGAUCGAAGACUCUUACACCAAGCAGUGCGUGAUUGAUGAAAGGCCGGCCAGGCUGGACAUCCUCGACACGGCUGGACAGGAAGAGUUCGGAGCCAUGAGAGAACAAUACAUGAGAACAGGGGAGGGCUUCCUGCUCGUCUUCUCAGUCACCGACAGAGGAAGCUUUGAAGAAAUCUACAAAUUCCAAAGACAGAUUCUGCGAGUCAAAGACAGAGAUGAAUUCCCCAUGAUCCUCAUAGGCAACAAGGCAGAUCUGGAGCUGCAGAGACAAGUAACCCAGGAAGAGGGCCAGCAGCUGGCCAGACAGUUAAAAGUCACAUAUAUGGAGGCUUCAGCUAAAAUUCGUAUGAACGUAGACCAGGCUUUUCACGAGCUGGUUAGGGUAAUCAGGAAAUUCCAAGAACAAGAAUGUCCACCGUCGCCGGAGCCUCCGAGAAAUGACAAAGACAAAACCGGCUGCCAUUGUGUGAUCGUCUGAGUCUGCCUUAUCACUGUUAACUCAUGCAGCUAAUCUACAACCACCCCCUCCCCCACUCUGCCUGACAUUACAUCCUAAGUGGAUGAGUGACCGCUGCCUUCUCCAUGUGCAUGACUUCAGACAGCCUUUUCUGAGUUAACUUGGACCAGGAACCGCUGUUUCCAGGACAUCGCUAUGGGACAACUGACAAUGCCAAAUUUUUAACACCACUCUACCUUCAGCUGCGAUCUAAUCCACAUGAGAGAGUACCAACACUAAACAUUGCCUUCUUAAAUCAGCCUGACAAAUUAAAUGUUUUGUACUCUGAAGGACUCCUCUUGCCUUGUAGUGACAUUUGUACUUGCUACCGAGUUUGAAUGAAAUCUAUAUCAAGAAUGUUAAUGACAUUUCUUUAGUUUCCAGGGUCUGACCAGAGCAGAGAGAUUCUCUUACGAAGCUUUGUGUAUGUUGUGCCAUAUCCACCUUUACUCCCCAUGUGCUAAUCUGCUACUGUACAUAUGUGACAUUUGUUGUGGUUUUCAAAGUGUAUUUCUAAUGAUCUAUUAAAUCACCACAGUGCAGUGUGUGAGGUUGAGUUUGGUUUUACAUAUAAGAAACUGAAUAUGUAUGUAUAUAAAUGUAAUUCCUGGACAUCCUUUAAUGAUAUAUUGAGACAUAUUUCUGGCAUUCUGCAGUGGAUAACUUUCCCCUUUUUAUGCUUUCAGUUCAAUUGCCAAAUAUGGAUUAUCUGUUGUAUUAUUAUACCCCCCAAGUCCCAUAGAUUGAAUGAUUCUGAUCAUAUUCUUGACAUACACAACGCAUCAGUUUUUCUCCCAAAAGGUGUGGCCUCAUUCAGUAAACUUGAAAAAUCUUCUAAGAUGAUUAUGAACAUCUGGUUUCAACUCUGUUAAAAUCAGUUAUUUCCACACCUGCUUGAAAAGAUACAUGACCAUUUUGUCUCAGUGUCUGACAUGAUAGAAAUUAAGUCUAUUUUAGAUUUAUGAUUACCAAAGUUAUUUCUGUUUCCAUAAUUAUGGAACUUUAAAAAAAUCUUCAGUUUUUAAAUUGAGAAGUUUUUUUUUAUCUUUUCUUAGUGUUUGAUGGCAUUGUCUUUUAAACUCGAUGAUUUAGGUGAGAAACUUUUGACAUUUUUUCAAAUUCAUCCUGACACAACUGCAGUAACUGUGUCAGGUUUACAGGCCACGUUGUUUGCACCAACCUUUUCAACUUUGAACACAACCUUUCCACUAAUAAAUUUUGUUUGGCCUUUUCUUAGAAAUGUAAUGAUGAUCUUUAUAGAGUAAAAUCUACAUUUUUGUCUAGUCAGACUACACAGUCUCAAAAAACUAAGGUCUUUGUCACCCUUUUCUUGCAUAUUCUAAUGUUUUUUUUUUUGAUAAUAUCUACUUCCCGUUUUUGGCACAAUUUUCUUUCAACCAGCAUCAUUGUCAGAUCAUUUUUCUGUUUCUUUUCCAUUUGAUACACAUUUUCUUUACCAAAACUAAUUUAUCUAAAGGAAACAGAAAAUGUCUCCUUCCUGAGCAAGAUAAUGGUUCGACAAUCCCUUGGUGUUUAUACUUGCAUAGGAUUUUUUAACCAUAUAAUGAGACCUUUAAGCAUCUGAAUAUUGUAUCCAUGAAUGAACCAGAUUUUGGGGAAGCUCUAUAAUUUCAUCCUCAUGUUGUGGAUAAUUUCUUUUAAAAUUAAUAAGGUGUCGCAAAAGGAGAACUUGCCUCUAUUUAAUCCAAAUGUUGUGCAUUGAUGUGUUCGAAGCUUACAAAGCUAUGACGUCAAACUGGACCUGAUCAUUCAAAAGGUAAUAUGUGCAUAUCAAAACUUCUGAAUUUAAAGAAAGUAAUACAGUAUUUAAUUAGUCUGUCAUUUAGGCGGCAGAAUAAUAAAUGUAAAAAAUGACAAGAUUUUCACUACACCAGACACUGAGGGGAAAAAAUGGUAGGUCUUUUUGUACACUGUAUGUCUGGUUUCAACUAUCAGUCGCAAACUGUAGCCUCAAACUCGGAUGGUUUCAGACAAAACUGAAACUGUUUGCUCUGUACUUAACUUUUCACUGGUAAAUCAAUGUAAAAAAUCAGCUUGUUGUAAACCAAGAAAGGCUUUUGAGAGCUCUCCUCAGCUCAGAUCAUUCCAAUCAUUCUCAUCAGUUCUCAUUACGCUCACAUUGCUGUUGCACCUCCAACCAUGUUUGUGCCCUGGAGUCAGUUUGUUCCUUUGAUUUUUGGUUGCUGGUUGUAAAACCAGGACAAGCCGAAGCUUGGAGGUGCACUUCGUAGGACCGGCCGUCUGCAGCAGGAUCUGUAAUCACUGAAGACACGGGACAGCGAUCCGCCGUCUCCUUUCUCCUUAUAUUAUACCUUCAUCUUAUAUUAUAACAAGAAAAUCGGAUGAUGAUUAAUGAACUUGAUUAAAUAUUUACUACUUUUAUACAUUAUUUUCUUAUCAGACCAGUUGAUGAGUAUUUUUAUAUGUUUAUAAGUAAAUACAUGUUCACAGCUCAGGCUGUGUGUAUAUGUAAAGAAGAAUAACUAUCUCCCUUGGUUAUUUUUAAAGUGAAAAUGAUUGCUGGCCCAAAUAUGAACAAUUGGAUGUUUCACCUUAAAUGAAACCAAGGUUUGUUCGUUUUUUUUUUUUUUUUUUUUGCAUUUUGAGUCAAAAUAAGAAUAUAUUUAUCUUAAGGUGUUCACCACCAGUUCUGAUUGUGAAAUGUCAGGUUAAAUUUGGAGGUCAUAGAAAUGAUUGUUUAGAUCAUGCAACCUUCUGGCACUAAGAUUUAAAUGCCCACAUCUCAUCUUGUCGCUAAUCUUAAGUGUGCAUCUGCAUCAUUCUGUUUGAUUUCUCUUUCACAUUGGUGUCUUUUGCUCUGUGUCUAGCUUCUGUUGCUAAAAUAAAAUCUGUUAUUGAGCCAGAAAAGAUAGAAAAUUGCUUCUAGAGCCGAUUGUGAUUCCGUGAACCAUAAAUGAGUUCUUAUUGUUCAGAAACCAUUAAGCGUGGGUAUGUAAGCAAUCUCAUUUUAAAUGUAUGUAUUUACAAUUGCUCUAUUUGCAACACAUCUACUUUAUCUUUGCUUAGGCUUUUUUUUGUCUUUCUUUUUUUACUUGAAAACAGUCUGUUUUGUUUUAUAUCUUUUGAGGUUUCUGAGGUUUUGCACAAAUACCAGUUCAUCUAAAAAGAAAUGUAUUUAGUACAGUAGUGUUAUACAUUAAUUUAUUGCACACAAAGAUUGGAAGCCACAAAACGAAGUUGCUGAUGUAGCUUCCUCUUCAUAGAAUCCAUUAUCCACACAUAAUCAUGGAAAGUUGAGUGAAAGAAAAAAGUGUAGCAGGAAAAGGCCCAAGAAGUACAGCCUUGAGAAGAUUUUGAAGCAAAAUCUAUUGGAACAGUUUGAUGAAGGUUUAUGCGGUGUUGACUGUGGAUGCAGUCAGUCCUUAAAAAGCCUUCUCACAUAAAUGUAUCCAGAACAUACAUUGCUUCUAGACACAAUGUCAAGCAAAUUUCCUUGGCUUAAGAUAAAAAAAAGACCUCUUCAGA